AUGAGCAGCACUACUGCAAUAUCGUUAAUAGCACCUCUGGUGUACAUUACCGUCCUCGUCGGCACCCUGGCAGUCUUCUCCAGUCUCUAUCGUAAACGAAAAGCCAAUAAAGCAGCAUCCUUGAAGCCCUGGUUCGGCCCUCACUACGCCCGCGAUGUCUACCUAACUCUCCUCCACCAAGAAAAUACAAAGGUUCCCGACACCAUCCUCAAAGCCGCUCUUCUUCGUCGUGCAACCGAAGACAUCCGCCGUAUUAUCGCGCUCCGACAGGCAAAGGGGUCAUUGCAGCAACUUCUUCAGAAGGGGAGCAUCAGUGAUGACUUGUGGACCCGGUUUACUGUAGCAGAGGCAGAGAUCGAAGAGGAGCUCCGUGACGUAGUAUUGGAGGCAAAUGCAUUCAAAGAGGGUUGGGGUAACACGAUUUUCCAGACCGCAAACGAGAUGGCAAAUGCUCAACGUAUCCGUGACCGGACCGAUGAAGUGACCAAGCAAGCCGAGGCAGAGAGGAAAUGGUGGGACGAAAAGCGAAAGCGAGCACAGCGUGAGUUGCUUGGUGAGGUCAACUCGGACGAGGAUGGCGUUUUGGUUGAGAGCGCCGCAAAGAAGCAGGCGAAGAUUGGAGCUUGA